AUGUUUGUAAACAAAAUCGUUAAAGUGCAAUUUCCUGAUCAACAAAUAGAUGAUUAUGUUCUAGAGAAUUCAGUGCUUAAAAGUAAACUACAAAGCAAAAUAGAUGCUCUGUCGAUAAUGAGUAGAGAACUAGACAAAUGCUGCAUGGAUCGUGAUAAAUAUAAAACGCUUGUUGAACAAAUGAAAUGUAAAAAAGUUGACAUAGACAAUAUUCCAUCUUCCAAUAAAUAUGCACCUACAAAUACUAUAAGUGGCGGAGAGAUUGUUGCUAAAACCAAAGAGCAUAAUACUAUGUUAAAAUUAGAGGUAGAAACGCUACAAAGUAAACUAGAUGAAGCUCAUGGUGAUAUAGUGGCACUGAGGAAGCAGUUGCAAAAAAGCACUGCUGAUCAUAGUGAUGGUAAAACUUUUUCACCCGUUGAGAACAUAUCUAUAGAUUUUGAACAUCUACUACAAGAGCUUGAGAGAGUGCAAAAGGAGAACCGACAAGUUCAAAUGGAUUAUAGAGCAGCAUUAGAUGAAAAAGAGGAACUAAUGAGUGAUCGCAAUUAUUACAAAAGCAAAGUACAACAAUUAAAUCACCAAAUAAGCUUCUUGCUUACAAACAGAGGAAAGGAGUUGGCAGAAAGUAAUGGUAAAUCAUUACUGGAUAUUGAUGCUUUGGUGAUGGAAAAUAAGUACCUCCAUGAGACCAUUACUCAACUACAAGUUGAAAAAGAAAUUGUGAAGAGAGCACUGACUAAGUAUAAAGCACUACUUGAUAGUAGAAGCAAAAAUAAUAUGAUAAAUUUGAGAAACGACUUUGCAGAUGUAAUGACACAACAACAAGUUCGGGAAUACUUGAGUAAUAAUUCAAAAACUGGUUUGAAAAGGACCUCGGUUACAGAGCUGAAAUCACUGUGCCUGGGUUUAUUUGAAGCAUUAAACGACAAAUCUAUAGCUUUGCAACAUCAACGGAAAACAAAUCAGAUACUAGCUAACAGAAUUUCUGAACUAGAGAAAACAAUGGAAAAUUGGUGCAAUGGACAGAAAGUAAUACCAAUAUUUCCCUCGCAAAUGUUAAUGGAAGACUCCUUCAAUGAUUCAACAUCUGUACACUCUGAUGAAUAUGGAAAAAAUGAAAAAGACCAAUUUAUCAAGGAGAGUUUUAAUCCUAAUAAUAGUGGUGUUACAAAUGGUGAGUGUGAUAUAUCUUGUGAGAAGAAUUUAUCUAAAAUUGUCCUCCCCGAGGAUCUUCAGCAAUUGGUAAGAGAGGCUCUUGCAGAAUUAAAAUCGACUUAA